AUGGAUCAAGAGAAGACUCCAAUGGAAAACACAGGAAGCAAGAUUAUGCGAAAAUCAAUCUUUACUUUCCUUCAAAACUAUCAAUACUUCACCUCAACCCCAGCCCUUCUUGCCUUCCCUUUCUCUGCCUCAGUUCUCCUCGCAAACCUGCUUCUUCUCUCCUCCUCCUCAUCAUCUCUCCUUCCAGUCGUAUAUAACAGGUUGAACAGUCUGUUCCAUGCUGCAGGAUUAAUCCACCCUCCCUCCUCGGAGUUGUUCAACCUCGUCACUCUCAAGCUAUCUCAAACAAUCUCCUUUCACAUUCUUACGCUUCCCUUUACCCUUACUUUCUUUCUCAUCACAAAAGCAUCUGUUAUUCAAGCUCUCAAAACCAAUCACCAAAAACCACCUUCUCCUAAUUUCUUUUGUAUUUUCUCCAUUUUCAAUCCUCUCCUCCUCACCCAUGUAUGCAAUUCAUUAUUGAUCCUCUCAGCCAACUCAACAGCUUUUUGUCUCUUGUUCUUUACUUUUAACCUUUUUCAUGAUAAUAUUGGAUUUGGCCUUCAUCUCUUCCUCUCAGCUGCUGGAGCUGUUGCUUACUCCAUCAUCCUUGCCCAUGCAAUCAUAAUAUGCAACUUAGCAUUGGUGUUAUCGGGCAUGGAAAGAAUCGGCGGAUAUCUGGCCAUUUUAAAAGCUUGUGUUGUGAUCAGGGGAAGGGCUUCAACUGCGCUAUCGCUUACAGUUGCCGUCAAUAUAGCUCUGGCAGGAGUUGAAGCAUUGUUCCAAUACCGGAUUGGGAGAGCUUAUCAUCAUCAUAAGGGUGAAAGUGAAACACCAAGCUCUAAUUUGUUGAUAAUUUCAGAGGGGAUGCUUAUCGUCUACUUGUAUUCGAUUCUUGUUGUUCUGGACACCAUUGUCAGUUGCAUCUUCUUCAAAAGCUGCAAGCCAACCUACAGUACUUGCAUUGAUCAACAAAGUAAAUACACUUACAGGAUUAAUGAAAUUGAAGAGGACGUAGAAAAUGGUGGUUAUAAGAUGAGCUUAAAGGUGUAG